AUGGCUCGCUCAAAGCACUUGCACCGCGCGAACCAACGACUCCAAUAUGCCAAAGAGAUCGAGUCUAAGAUCCGGACAUGGAGCAUGGGAGAAUUCUUUCGACUGAGUACGGUGCAUCUCGCCCUCUUUAUGAUGGCACCGAUGUCGGUUUUCCAGCUAGGCCGGAUCCUUUCGCCAGUGGACCAGACAGAGGAAUUCCUGCAUCUGGGUGUGACAACGUUCCCUCCGCUAAUCCGACAUUUCUUGGAACAGUCCCUCAUUUCCCAAAGCCGCAACGAUGACCCUGUCAAGCAGUCCGAGAAGAGCCUAUGCCUCCAGCGAGAUGGGAAUGUUUGCGUCUUCAUCGGAGAUCCCAACCCAAGAGUAUGUCAUAUACUCCCUCUGUCGUGGGGCAACAGCAAGGCAGCCAUGAAGAAAACUCUGUUGUUGCGUCCAGCGAUCAACGUCAUGAUGGGAACCGACUGGAUGCAUCAACACGACAAGCACAUUGGCGAUGCGGAUAGAGUUUGGAAUAUGCUUUGCCUCAACGAGAAGCUUCAUGAACUAUGGACACGUGGUUCCUGUGCUUUUAAGGGCAUCAGAGUUCAGCACCUGAAUCAACGCGAGUCUGUGGUUGUUCUUGAGUUUCACUGGAUGCCGAAACUAGAGAACACCAAGCCUAUGGUGCAUGCGAAUCUUGAAGGGAGGCAAAACGACUGGACCAGGAUGGCUAAUGCCAUGCACCAACUCCAUGCCUCGAAGGUGCCAGCGGCAACCACGGAAGCUCAACCAGGGUUAUCAAUUCCAUUGGGAAAACGCAUCGACAUCCGAAUGGCAAGGAGAGAAGCCGGCAAAUUCAAAGCCAUGAUCGACUUGCAAUGGGCUUGCAUCACCGCGGCAGCUCUCAGCGGCGUUGCAUCGCCCAGGAUGCUGCAUGAGUACGAGCCAUACUGGUGGAGAUGUGACAAGCCGUACUGGUAUAAAUGUGAGGAGGGCAUGAGGUUCAAUGUCUUGUCGUGGCUUGACAAAAUCGACUAG